CUUUUGAGACCAGCCACUUCAUGAGCUUAUGGUCCGGAUGAUAGGGUGUAUAUCGUCGCUGAACGGGCUCUGCAGGGCUGAGUGCCUUGUGUGGGUAAGCCGACACGCAGCGUCCGCUUCGCUCAGGCUGACGGCGGGCUCCGACGCCCUGCUAUCUCAGAACCUGUCCCAUAUCCGAGCUUCAGCCGACCCUAGGUUUCCCCGACACACGCAAAUAAACACUGUCGCCUCUGCAGUGUUGGAAGAGGGCGUCAUAACGAAGGUUCGUACGAGCAGAAGUGAGCAGACCGUGUUUGUCGCCAGCGUCACCGUGACCGUCGAGAACAAGUCGCAUCGAGCCUGUGAAAGUGGACCACCACCGUGACCAUGAAAGAAAUCAUCUACAUCCAAGCAGGCCAGCUCGCAAACUACACAGGCACACACUUCUGGAACACACAGGAGGCGUACUUCACGUAUGGCGAGGAUGAGCACUCGGAGAUCGACCAUGAUGUGUCCUUCAGGGAGGGUUCCACCUCGAACGGGGAAUCAACAUACUCUCCGAGAUUACUUCUGUUUGAUCGAAGAUCUAACUUCGGCACUCUCUCAAGCAACAGAGGCUUGUACGACACAAACGAGGGUGACCUACAACAGGAAUCUCUAUGGAACGGCGGUGUAGCAGAGUAUCGUCAAGAUCACAUCCCACCCAGUAACUACCAUGUGCGACUUGACCACGAAGCCGGCGAUGACGACAAAUCUCUUGAAACCGAUGAAGACGGGGUUGCACCCCAGGUGUCAGAGUCUGAUGUUCGCUUCUGGUGGGAUUACAGUCGUGUGUUCUUGCACCCGCGGUCCAUGCGGCGACUCCCAGACCCGCCUGACUGGGAGAGCACGGAGGGCAACUGGGUUGGGAGCAAAGACGCGUUCGAGCGGCAUAACACCGAUACGGACCUCAUGGAAGAGUCCUUCAGGUCCUUCGUAGAGGAGUGCGACAACCUGCAGGGUAUUCAGGUCAUGAACGACACCUCUACUUUCGGCGGAUUUACCGGUUCAUUUCUGACGGCUUACCGGGACGAGUUCCCAAGGCUCCCGUGCCUCGUAAUUCCGCUCAUGUCGUACAGCCUGCCCGGUCACGUCCGCACCGACAAUGAUAUGGGCAUGCGGACCGUUAUAAAUGACGCGUUGUAUCUGCAUGGCCUUGCGUCGUUAUCCACCAUGACCGUGCCAGUGCAGGCGCCCGAAACAUGGGUGGCCGGAGAAUGGUUGAAUGGUAUAGACUUAAAGCACAAGAGUGUAUAUCAAACAUCUGCGCUUCUUUCGGCCCACAUCGAGACCGCGACCGUGCCCUUGCGGUUGAGAGGGUCCAUGGAGGAUCUCGAUAGCGUUUGCGGCGUCUUGAAUUGGGGUGGAAGCAACCGCUUCGCGCAUCUGUCUGGGGCUUUCCCGUUGCCCUCGCCUCCCCAAGCCCAACGUGAUUUCGUGCGAAGGGCGUACGAUUUCUCCCUUAUUUCCGGAGGUCAGGAGAAAGCCGAAGAUAACUUCCAGGCGACACGUCUGGAAUUCGCCAGAAUCUAUGUGGCCAGAGGAUUCUCGUCGUCUGACCGGCGACAACUGGAUGCUUGGACAGAAUCUCGGCGGCCCCUCCCGUACACCAUUUUUGCACCCGCAUACCCGGUCCCAUCGUCUUUCCCGACAUUCUUGGAUUCUCCAGCCGCAUCGACAGGCGACAAGCUGCGUGCGCCCACGACUCGCGUUCUCUCGUCGCUGCAUACAACAUCGCGAACGUCGGAGAUGUUUGCGGCCUAUGCAGCGGUCGUUGACGACUGCGUUCGGCGCGGUGCUGAGGUUCUGAGUGCUAUGGAGCUGGAGAAGGACGACACGAUCGAGCUCAGGGAUGAUCUAUGGGCACUCAGAGAUAAGUAUGUCGGGUUGGAAGAGGGAGACGCGAUUACGGAAGACCUCGAGUUGGAUGUCGACGAAGAAUAAAAUCAUGCGGCUGCGUAACAUCUUGUCUUGUCGCUAGUGCUCUGACUCUCAGGUUACUCCCAUGCUUCUCCAUGGAGGAGGACCGUGAUGUCGAUCCUGGUGCGGUCGCGGCGCACAACCGCACCUUGAAAGAACCACGUCGGGUCCUGUUCAGGUAUUGAUGGCGAUGGGGCUCGGGUUCACUACUCUGUGACAUACGCCAUUGGGGACCUUGGGGCGGGUGCCAGUGCACGUCCGAGAAGAUUAGCCUUCCCACCACCGAUCCCAUCGCUCAUUCAGUGCUAACCACUUGCAGCCGGCUUCUUCAUUUACUCACAGGCUCCGGGAUGCCUUCCCGUGAGGUCCCAGGAAUGCAGGAUGGAGUGAGAAAUGUACGGCUGCGCGCCCCGUCUUCC